GUGCAUAGCACAUACUCUGCAAAUACGAGCUCUUGCUAUUCACUACAUCAAUUUUGACUUCUACUAUGACUAUUAUUUUGCUAUUUCUGCUGCACAUCUUCAUGCUCGUCACCCAUUCAGCGAAAAACGGACCGCGACGUAAUGUUGUGUUUGUAAUAUUUGAUGACUUGAGACCGGCACUGGGCGGAUAUGGCGAUCGUUUGGCACAAACACCACAUUUGGAUGCAUUUAUUGAGGAGAGCUAUUAUUUUACACGUGCUUACAGUCAGCAAUCACUUUGUGCACCAAGUCGAAACUCCAUGCUCACCGGCCGUCGACCGGAUACCUUACACCUUUAUGACUUCUACAAUUAUUGGCGCGAUUUUACUGGUAACUUUUCCACACUGCCACAGUAUUUCAAAUCGCACAACUACUAUACAUACGGCAUUGGAAAAGUUUUUCAUCCCGGCAUUUCAUCAAACAACACCGAUGAUUAUCCGUACAGCUGGUCGUUGCCUACAUUUCGACCACUGAGUGAGAAGUAUAUGAACUCACCAGUCUGCCCGGAUGUUAGUGGUGUCUUAAGGAAAAAUCUUAUCUGUCCUGUUCACUUGCACACGCAGCCAUUGAAGACAUUGCCGGAUAUAGAGUCUACUGCCGAGGCUAUACGUUUCGUCAGUACUUACAAACGUCGUAGACCGUUCUUCCUAGCUGUUGGCUUUCACAAGCCACACAUUAAUUUUCGUUUCCCAGAACAGUACAUCGAACGUUUUAACUUAGAAGAUUUCAAUAAUUACACCAAAGAUACACAUAAGCCGGCGGAUAUGCCAAAUGUGGCUUGGAAUCCUUACAUUGAUGUGCGUGCACGUGAUGACUUUAAGCAUCGUAACAUAUCCUUUCCAUAUGGUCCGAUUUCAACGACACAGCGCUCACAGAUACGUCGUGCCUACUAUGCCGCUGUGGCUUAUGUGGAUGAUCUCUUUGGAAAGUUCAUCGCGCAAGUAAAUCGAAGCAACACUAUUAUAUUGGUGACUGGAGAUCAUGGUUGGUCAUUGGGUGAGCAUGCCGAAUGGGCCAAGUAUAGUAAUUUCGAAGUUGCGUUGCGCGUGCCAUUGGUCAUGCGCAGUCCGGAGUUUCCGUUGCUAGCAUCUCAGCGUGUAGAUGCGAUUGCUGAGCUAGUGGAUAUUUUCCCCACUUUAGUCGAUCUAGCGCACUUGCCGCCACUACCGCAAUGCAAAAAGUCAGCUGCAUCUAGUGACGAUUUGACAUGUAGUGAAGGAAAAAGUUUAUAUCCAUUGCUGCAAGGAGUGGGCUCGGGUGAGCAUCACGUGGCUCUAAGUCAGUAUCCACGUCCCGGUAUGGAACCGACAAAGCAUCCAAAUAGUGAUAAACCAAAACUUGUAAAUAUUAAGGUGAUGGGCUAUACGAUGCGCACUACAAUGUACCGUUAUACCCUCUGGGUGCGCUUUAAUGCAAAUAAUUUCACCAAAGAUUGGAGUGAUAUUUUCGGAGAGGAGAUGUAUGAUCACCGUUCGGAUGUUGGUGAAGAAGUAAACUUGAUUAAAAGACCGGAGUUCAACGAAACGAGAAAGCGCUUGAAAGACCAAUUAGUAGCUGCUUUUUCAAAUUAAUGGUCAAUUCGGUCAAUGUAUAUAAACGUAUGCAGAAUAAUAAUAAACAGGAUUUGCGACAGAACCAAUUCUCAAUCUGCAUUGUGCGCGUUGAUAUUUUCC